AGCUGCAGAUGGCGCCCAGCUUGUUCCAGUCGCCCCUUUCGAGGCUUCAGCUCGUUAUCGGCUAUGUCUGGUCAGGAAAGAGCACCGUACGGCACAUGGAAGUCUGACAUUAACGCGGAGACUGUUGCUCAGAGCAGCAAAGCCAUCCUCGAUGUGAUCGUCGAUCCAAUCAAGUCAACCGUAUACCACGUCGAGCUCAGGCCAGCGGAAAAGGGACGCUAUGUCAUUGUCAACACCAAGACCAAUGAUGAUGUGAUCAACUCUCCGUGGAGUGCUCGUACCGCUGUUCACGAGUACGGAGGAGCGUCCGCCAUCGUUCAUGACGAUACGUUAUACUUCUCCAACUUCUCGGACAACAGAUUAUACCAUAAAAGCUUGAAGAGUGAUAGCGCCUCAGAACCUGAACCUGUCACUCCGGAAAAUCCAUUCCACCGCUUCGCGAACUUUGCUGUGACUCCGACCCACCCCCAUUUACUGGUCUCCAUCCUUGAGGAUCAUACCGAGCCUGGUCAUGCAGCUCCGCAAGACGUGGUCAACACACUCUGCGUUAUCAAUACCGCCUCCAAAACUGUAACUCACUUGGUCUCUGGCGCUGAUUUUUACACCUCCCCGUGCUUCUCUCCAAACGGCAGGAAGCUGGCUUGGGAGCAAUGGAAUCAUCCUGAUAUGCCUUGGGAAGGAUCACAAAUCUGGGUUGCCGACGUCUCAGUUGAGAAAGACACUAUCGUUCUCAGCAACAGCACCGUCGUUGCUGGCAAAGACUACAGCGACAGGGAUGCCGAAGACAUUAGUGUCUCAUACCCAACUUGGGCAUCCAAUGAGAAGCUCAUCUUCACUUCUGACAAAUCCGGUUUCCAGAAUCCUUGGGUGUUCUCUGUUAAGACAAAGACCGCUGGAGCAGUGUUCCCGAAACCCGUCGACGAGGACUUCGGUGCUCCUGCAUGGUCGCUUAGCUACAAGCCUUACGCGCUCCUGGACCAAGACGGGUCAACUGCAUUGUUUGCAGCAAUGCGAGAUGGCCGGAACAUACUUUACUCUGUCAACCUCGCGUCUGCCUCGCCCAAGCCACCCAUAGAGCUCACUGGUUCGCCAUUCACUGUUGUUGAUAUGGUCCAUGCUGUUGCCCCACAAGUCAUCGUUUUCUCUGGCAAGCGCGCCGACGCGGACGGUGGUGUUGUUCUUUGCACGCUUACUCCAGCUGCGAGUUCUGGAGGCUCUGUGGGUGAGCCAACUUUCGAGAUCAUCUCUAAGGCUAAGGAGGGCGGAACAAGUCUUAGCUCCGAGUACAUCUCGUUGCCUAAGCCCAAGGCGCUCUACAGCCAGGGUUCAAACGACCCAGUAUACGCGGUAUAUUACGGUCCUAAGAACCCGCGGUACAGUGGGUCAAGCAUCGAGGGAGAGAAACCUCCUUGCAUUGUUAACCUUCACGGCGGACCCACGUCAGCAACGUACCAGACACUGAGCUGGAUGACGCAGUACUGGACCAGUAGAGGAUAUGCUUGGCUGGAUGUUAACUACGGUGGAUCCUCUGGCUACGGGCGGAAAUAUAUUCAACGCCUGGCGGGAAGGUGGGGUAUUGUCGACGUCCGUGACUCGAUUGCUGCUCCGCGGGCGUUGGCUGAUGCUCCUCACUCCCUCAUUGACGGAAGACGCGUCGCUGUCCGUGGUGGAUCGGCCGGAGGGUAUACAGUACUAGCGGCGAUGUCGCUCAACUUUGACAAGACCGCCCACGAUCCGACAGCAUUCACCACCGGCGUGUCGUCGUAUGGCAUAUCUGAUUUUGUGGAGCUUGCUCAAGACACCCACAAGUUUGAGCUGAGAUACAUGGAGAAACUCCUCGGAGGUACUUCGGAAGAGCUAUACAAAUCGCGCUCGCCGGUUGAGGAGGCGAAGAACAUCGUGAAGCCUCUUUUGAUACUGCAAGGCAAAGACGACAAAGUCGUACCCCCCAAGCAGUCGCAAGCCAUCAAGCAGGCCAUCAAAGAUCAGACUAAAGUCAAGCUCGUUGAGUACGAGGGCGAGGGACAUGGUUGGCGCCAAGCAAGGACCAUCGUGGAUGCGCUUGUCGAGGAGCAAAGGUGGUAUGAGGAGUGGCUAUUGUCUCCUAAGCCAUAAUUUGGGCGUAUAUCUUGCAAGAUGUAUCAGGAAGUUACUACCUUGAAGGCUUAACAGAGUGCGUGGGGAUGGUCAAGGAUGCGCACAAAGAUUUCUACCGUAUUCGGUGACUAGAGUUCAUCACAGCGAAACCAAAUUCCCGUGAUCCAUGCCUUUCCUCCAGUUCGAUAGUAUCCUGAGACGGUACGGGAGAUGGGAUGUGCAACGCCUCUCCCACCUUACCUUAAUUGCAGUACAAAGCAAGCAUAUGAUAGACAUUCACUAUCAUUGUGCAUUAUGCAUCGUCAUCCUUCUACAUAGCUCCAAACGGCCGAUGAUUGCAACAUAUGUAGAUCACUAAAA